AACUCCGAGCCGCGAUGCGAUGCGAUGCUUAUCGAUAAGGCGGCGACGCGCGUGGGAGACGCGUGCAGUGUGCGGCGUGCAGCGUGGGGAGGUUCCGGUGAAUGGCGGGGAAGGACUCGUUUCAAUUACAUCUUUGGGCCCAUCCACCUUCGGCCUUCAGUCUCUAGGCGUGCAUUAGUCGCGAGGGGCUAUGCAGUAUUGCCGGUCACUACUCAAUGUGCCUCCAUGUUUCGAUAUGGCGAUUCAUUGCCGUAA